GCCGCUUUGCAUGGCCAGGAUCAAGGGGGCGGCCGGCCUGCCCCCCGCCCCUCCCCCCCUCCCCGGAGAAGCGAGGCGGUGAUGCGGGAGCGGGCGGCCCCGGCGGCGGCGGCGGCGGCGGCGGCGCGGAGAGCCCAAGCGGACGAGACCCAGGCUCAAGAUGGCAGAUUCCGACUGAGUUUGGGGGGGCCGACGUCUCGCUUCGCAUUCUUCUUUCCGUUGCCAUGAAUAACGGACAUCCUGGCCCCGAUGGCCCCCAUGUACGAAGGUGAGCAAAAUGAAGCUUACAUUAUGACUGGCCUCAGGUCCAAGAGCUAUUAAUACCUAAGGGAAGUCAUUUGAAGCCAUGUCUGCUUGAGUUCAAGUCCUGAACUGUUAUUCCAUUCUACUGCUUUCUACCUUAGAAGCUUGCAUUGUGUGGAACAUAAGAAGGAAUUAUGGUAAAGAGAGAGAAUAUCUAUGUUGGAGGAAAAAGGAAGAUCAAAGAAGGGAUAAGACUGCCGCUUGGUGUGGAUGGGAUGAUGACAACAGAGAGAAGGCAGAGCUACCGCAUUCUUAUUUUGCUUCUGUCUGCCAAGGAGAAUGACCUUUGCAUUGGAAAUGACAGAACAAAAAUGAUUAAGUAUGGCCUCACAUGUGCAAGUUUUCUCCCCUCACACCCUUCAAUCAAGUGCCUUCUGUAGUGUGAAGAAACUUAAAGUGGAACCAAGUUCCAACUGGGAUAUGACCGGGUACGGCACACACAGUAAAGUCUACAGCCAGAGCAAAAACGUACAGCCCUCACAACCAGCCGCCACUACUGUCAGCACCUCCCUGCAAAUCCCCAACCCCAGCCUACCUUACGAGCAGACCAUCAUCUUUCCAGGAAGCACUGGGCACAUCGUAGUAACAUCUGCAAGUAGCACUUCUGUCUCUGGGCAAGCCCUCGGGGGACCACACAACCUGAUGCGUCGAAGCACUGUGAGCCUUCUUGACACCUACCAAAAAUGUGGACUCAAGCGUAAGAGUGAGGAGAUUGAAAACACAAGUAGCGUGCAGAUCAUUGAAGAACACCCACCCAUGAUUCAAAAUAAUGCCAGUGGGGCCACUGUAGCCACUGCCACCACAUCUACUGCCACCUCCAAAAAUAGUGGCUCCAAUAGUGAAGGUGAUUAUCAGCUAGUCCAGCAUGAGGUCCUUUGCUCCAUGACUAACACAUAUGAGGUCUUAGAGUUCCUUGGUCGAGGAACAUUUGGACAAGUGGUCAAGUGCUGGAAACGUGGCACCAAUGAAAUUGUGGCUAUCAAAAUCUUAAAGAACCACCCAUCUUAUGCCCGGCAGGGUCAGAUCGAAGUGAGCAUCCUGGCCCGCCUGAGUACUGAGAGUGCAGAUGACUACAACUUUGUCCGAGCUUAUGAGUGCUUCCAACAUAAAAACCACACCUGCUUGGUUUUUGAAAUGUUAGAACAGAACCUCUAUGAUUUCCUGAAGCAGAACAAGUUUAGCCCCUUGCCCCUCAAAUACAUCCGCCCUGUCCUCCAGCAGGUAGCCACGGCCCUGAUGAAGUUAAAGAGUUUGGGUCUCAUCCACGCAGACCUCAAGCCAGAGAACAUUAUGCUGGUUGAUCCAUCCAGACAGCCAUACAGGGUCAAGGUCAUCGAUUUUGGUUCAGCUAGCCAUGUGUCAAAGGCUGUGUGUUCUACUUACCUUCAGUCCAGAUAUUACAGAGCCCCUGAAAUUAUCCUUGGUUUACCAUUUUGUGAAGCGAUUGACAUGUGGUCCUUGGGCUGUGUCAUUGCAGAGUUAUUUUUGGGUUGGCCUUUAUACCCAGGAGCAUCGGAGUAUGAUCAGAUUCGAUAUAUUUCACAAACACAAGGUUUGCCAGCAGAAUAUUUAUUAAGUGCAGGAACAAAGACAACAAGGUUUUUCAACCGUGAUACUGACUCACCAUAUCCUUUGUGGAGGCUAAAGACACCAGAUGAUCAUGAGGCAGAGACGGGGAUUAAGUCGAAGGAAGCAAGGAAGUACAUUUUUAACUGUUUGGAUGACAUGGCACAGGUGAACAUGACCACAGAUCUGGAAGGGAGCGACAUGUUAGUGGAAAAGGCAGACCGGAGAGAGUUCAUAGACCUGCUGAAGAAGAUGCUGACCAUUGAUGCAGAUAAGAGGGUCACGCCGAUUGAAACCCUGAACCAUCCCUUCGUCACCAUGACCCACUUGCUUGAUUUUCCCCAUAGCACACAUGUCAAGUCUUGCUUCCAGAACAUGGAGAUUUGCAAGCGCCGGGUGAAUAUGUACGAUACAGUGAACCAGAGUAAAACACCUUUCAUCACCCAUGUGGCCCCCAGCACAUCUACCAACCUAACCAUGACCUUUAACAACCAGCUGAACACUGUCCACAACCAGGCCACCAACCUGGCUCCCACCUCCACCAGUGCCACUAUUUCCUUAGCCAAUCCCGAAGUCUCCAUACUAAACUACCAAUCUACACUCUACCAGCCCUCAGCGGCAUCCAUGGCUGCAGUGGCCCAGCGGAGUAUGCCCCUGCAGACUGGAACAGCGCAGAUUUGUGCCCGGCCUGACCCCUUCCAGCAAGCCCUCAUCGUGUGUCCCCCAGGCUUCCAAGGUUUACAAGCCUCCCCUUCAAAGCAUGCUGGUUAUUCUGUGAGGAUGGAGAAUGCAGUUCCAAUUGUCACUCAGGCUCCAGGAGCUCAGCCUCUCCAGAUCCAACCAGGUCUACUUGCACAGCAGGCCUGGCCAAGUGGGACCCAGCAGAUUUUGCUUCCACCAGCAUGGCAGCAGUUGACUGGAGUGGCUACCCAUACCUCAGUGCAGCAUGCAACUGUAAUUCCUGAGACUAUGGCAGGGACCCAGCAAUUGGCAGACUGGCGGAACACGCACACUCACGGCAGCCACUACAACCCCAUCAUGCAGCAGCCUGCGCUCUUGACUGGCCACGUGACCCUGCCGGCGGCCCAACCCUUGAACGUCGGUGUGGCCCACGUGAUGAGGCAGCAGCCCACUAGCACAACGUCAUCACGGAAGAAUAAGCAGCACCAGGCAACAGCCAGAAAUGUGUCAGCCUACGAGGUUUCCUCCUCUCAGACCAUCACGUCCCCUCAGCGAUCCAAACGGGUCAAGGAGAACACUCCUCCCCGCUGUGCCAUGGUGCACAACAGCCCUGCCUGCAGCACGUCGGUCACGUGUGGGUGGGGUGACGUGGCUUCCAGCACCGCCAAGGAACGCCAGCGGCAGACAAUUGUCAUCCCUGACACCCCCAGCCCCACGGUCAGCGUCAUCACCAUCAGCAGUGACACCGACGAGGAGGAGGAACAGAAGCAUGCCCCCACCAGCACUCUCUCCAAACAAAGAAAAAAUGUCAUCAGCUGUGUCACGGUUCAUGACUCUCCUUACUCUGAUUCCUCCAGCAACAACAGCCCCUACACCAUGCAGCAUCGAACAGGCCACAACAAUGCAAACACCUAUGACCCUAAGGGGGCGCUGGAGAACCAUUGCAGUGGGAACCCCAGAACUAUUAUUGUGCCACCCCUGAAAACCCAGGCCAGCGAAGUGGUGGAGUGUGAUAGCCUAGUACCAGUCAACACCAGUCACCACUCAUCUUCCUACAAGUCCAAGUCCUCCAGCAUCGUGACCUCCACCAGUGGUCACUCUUCAGGGAACUCAUCUGGAGCCAUCGCCUAUAGGCAGCCGCGGCCAGGACCACAUUUCCAGCAGCAGCAGCCUCUUAAUCUCAGCCAGGCCCAGCAGCACAUCCCUGCGGAUCGGGCUGGACCACACCGGCGGCAGCAGGCCUACAUCACUCCGACAAUUGCUCAGGCUCCCUACUCCUUCCCGCACAACAGCCCCAGCCACGGCACAGUCCACCCUCACCUGGCCGCGGCUGCCCACCUCCCCGCCCAGCCCCACCUGUACACGUACACCGCCCCUGCCGCCCUGGGCUCCAGUGGCACCGUCGCCCACCUCGUGGCCUCCCAGGGCUCCGCGCGCCACGCAGUGCAGCACACCGCCUACCCCGCGGGCAUCGUCCACCAGGUGCCCGUCAGCAUGGGGCCUCGCGUGCUGCCCUCCCCCACCAUCCACCCCAGUCAGUACCAAGCGCAGUUUGCCCAUCAGACCUACAUCAGCGCCUCUCCCGCCUCCACUGUCUACACUGGAUACCCUCUGAGCCCGGCCAAGGUCAACCAGUACCCUUACAUCUAAGCACCUGCAGGGGGAGGGGAGCCGAGACUGGGAGAGGAGGGGAGGAGAGGAGGAGGAGGAGAGCCGAGGGAGCGCCUUGGAAGGAGGGGGUUGGGCUGCGGCUCACUGGCGCCGCCCUCGCCAGGGAAAGGCCGGGAAGGGUGCUGGAGGGCUGAAGGAGGAAGUGAAGGGAGAGGACCGAGGAGAGACACUUUGGAAGAGGAAGGGACUCAGGAGGGGAGAUUACUCUGUGCUUUUUAUUUUUUAAAAAGAAAAGAAGAACAAAAACCACAGAAUCAUGUAUCCAUUCUGCACCCAACUGGAAAGAGGAGAGAGCAGCAGGAAGAUCCCAGAACGGGCCCCCGGUGGGAAGAACUUUAUCUAUAGACUUUUGAAAGAUUAUUUUCUUAUGACGGCAAGUGACAUUUGAGAAACUGCUGUCGGGGACACCUGAAACCGAAAUCCGAUAGAUUUUUAAUCAAUUGAACACAAGAAAUAGGGAUUUUUCCAGAACUCCGAAGGGUCAGCAGCGCCCCCCAGCGGCAGGCUGUGCUCCAAGGGUGCCCAUAGGCAGUGACCGUUCUGGGGUCAAGAGAAGCGGGCGGGGCGGGGUGGGCGAGGGGUAGGCCAAACCGGGCUCUGGAGGGCUUGAAAGUUCAGUUCAGGAGAAGCCUGCAGUCCCGAAGAGCUCCUGGAGGGGCCUGAUUUUCCCUUUCUGAGCGUUCUGGAUCAAUCCCUAAACAAUGUUAUUCUAAAAUGGCAUUAAUAAUGUACGUUGAAAUUCUGAGUUUUCUUUUCCGUUGGAGUUUUCUUUUCCCUUUGGAUCCCCAGCCCUGUAGGGGCCAGCGGCAGAAGCUGCAGCUGCGCCUCUCCCCUGCACCCCGCCUCCACGUAGGAUGUAGCACUGUAGCCCUUUCCGUCUGACUUUGUGUUCAACUUCAGUGAUACCAAUAGAUUCUUCUUCAAUGUGAUUGCACAAAAAAGUGAUAUAACAUAGGCAUGUAACAAAUGUGAUUGUCUAGGCGUGUGUGCGUGUGCGAGUGCGUGUGUGAGAGACACGAGAGAGCUGAUGCUGCCUUCUCUCUGGGAUGUGUUCCUCGGCACAGCCAUUACACCUGUCACAGUCUUAGUUUUACAUCAUUCCCUCCUAGUGCCUUACCAGAUUACAGACGCGGAAGGCUUUACUUCCGCCCGUAUUCCUAGAAACUGCCUGAGGCUAGUCAGGAUAGACUCUCGGCCCCUCUUUAGUUGUCAUCUUCCGCUUUUUGUCCCGCUCUUUCUGCCUGGGGCUGCCCUCCCCGCUCUGCAGGGGCUGGAAGGAUCAGGAUCGGAGGGGAGCCGUGGGGGCUGACGCAGAAAAGGACUUGGGGUGAGGUUUUCAUUUGUUCCCCCGAGAAAUGAGAGGGCCCCGCGCCGUCCUUACCAGUUUGUGGGAUGGCAUACCACGCGGCCUGCCUCUGCUUUAGAAAAGGUGGUCUUGGUCAAGAUCUUGUCUGUUUCCUUGUCUGCAAAGAGGCCACUCAUGGAGAAAAUGGGGGUUUUUCGCUAGAAAUCCCAACAGACUAGGGAAGAGAGCGGCCCAUGGCAAAGUCCACAGGCUCUUUAUUCCUUCCUUUCCCCCUCCUCCUCCUCUCUUCCCGCCUAGGAUCCAGGGAGUCCUGAGUUAGGAAAUCCAGCUUCUCUUCCUGACUUUGCUAUUUACUCCCCGGGUGACCUCGGCCAGGCAGGCCACCUCUUUGGGCCUUAUGAGGUAAAAGCAAAGGGGGUUCGCCCAGGUAAUGUCCUCCCAAUUCAAAUAUUCUGUGAUUCAGUCUCCUCAGCUCCUCAGUCCCUACACCCGAGUUCCCCUUUCCUCCGUUUCUGCUUUCAUGGCGCCCCCCCCCCCCCCCCCAUUCCCAGACCCUGCUUGUCUGGCUUCUCUCUCCCCAAGCCACCAACCUAGACUUUUUGCUGCUAAGUUCCUUCCUUGGAUUCCCCAGUUUUCUUUGAGGCCCUGGUUUGCAGGAGGUGGUGGGAGAGCAGUAUACAGAAGCACCCCAGCCAGGGCUCUGAAAGUUCGAAAAAUCUAUGUAUCCUUUGCACUGUUACAGGCUUGCUUUCAAGCAAUAUCUAGUAGCCACUGAUACGUACUGGAAGUUUCUUCAGGGCCUAGAAAUACAGGUAAAGGGAACAUUCUCCCCAGAGAGAGCCACUCAGAAUUUGGUUAAUGGAAACAGAAAGCAAUAUCCUGGUACUGCCAGGACUUUUAAAAAUUCUGUCCAGACCUUUCAUUGAAAGUGGCUCUGACUCAAGGUUUCAAAAAUAUAAAGUGAUCAUUGAAAGAAAUCCCAGCAUUUACCUCAGGGGUACAUCGGGUAGCUGGACUUGGAAGUCACUAAGGUCUGAGGUGAAAUCCUGCCUCAGAAACAAGCUGUGUGACCCUGGGCAAGUCACUUAACUUCUUCCUGCCUGAGUUUCCUCAUCUGUAAAAUGAGGAGGUUGGAUUCAAUGGCCUUCACGGUCCCUUCCAGCUCUAAAUAUAUGAUCCUAUGACCUCUAUGUCAGAUUUCUUAACCCCCCUCAGCUUCCAUCCACACAUCCUCCUCCCCUCCAGCUCCUCAACUCUACACCUUCCCUAAUAAUCUGAAAAUAGUGUUUUUAUAAUGAUAUGAUUCAGUUUCAUCUCAGUAAAGUUGUUGUCCAUUUAGCUCUUCACCAUAAAGGAACUCUGGAAACGUCCUUUGCUUUUCCCACACACAUACAAAUUUUACAGAGAAAAAUCUCUCCAGACGAGGAGUAAACAGCCCUACUACUAAUGAGAAUGAGAUUGGGCCACGUUCCCCAGGGCUGUAUCCCAGGGAGCAUGUUUAGCCCUUUGAGGCCCUGCACGCAGGCAGAGCUCGAGCAAUCCUGGCCGACAGAAGCGUUAGGUAGAAUGGAAGGGGGAUUGGGAAACUGCUCCCAGCCCUGCUACUGCGGCACCCUCGCCUUCAUGGAAGAGAAAGGGACGGUCAUGUGGGAGCUCCCAGGGGAUAGGGGGCCCAUAGCACCCACGAGUGAAGCAGGAAAAUGGAAGGAGCUCUCCCCCAGUCAGACACCUCCAGAGCUUCUCUGCUGUGCCCAGGUGUUUUACAGGCAUCCAACAGUGCAAAAGUGUCUGACGACUAACAAAUGGAACUCAAGUUUACCAUGCUAGUUUCUUGGGUAUCCCCAGAACAAGUCAGUUCUGAUACCUACUGACUUCUCGGAAAUUAAGAGGUUCUGAUCUUCCCAGGAAAAAAAGCACCUUCCCUUUCUAUUAAAAAAAAAAAAAAGGAAAGUGUGUUCAUGUCCAAAAUUCCUGUUCCUUUACCCAUUUUUCUCUCUAUCCUCCUGCUCUGUCUGUCUGUCUUCAUCUCUCCCCACCCCACCAUCUCUUCCCCAUCAGGUCAGCCAUGGAAGGUUAGUGCUGCUUAUAUUCUCAAGGAGGAACAGCAUUGUUUUAUUGGAAUUGUGACUAUUACCAUAAUGCUGACAUUUAGCUUGAGCUUUAAGUGCAUUCAUUCCAGCAGCUUAAUGUUUUCUUUUUUAAACUUAAAGGUAUCAUCUUGUGGUAUUUGAGUACAAAAAUGGGAUGGGGUUCUCAGAGGGUUUAAUCAUGUGAAACAAAGAACAGAAUCCAGAAGACUGACAAGGCACAGAGAAGUGGGUUGUUGGGUUGGGUUGGAGUUGUUUGUUUGUUUUUUUCCUUUUCUCUCUGUUACACUAAAGACUUCAAGUAACAUCUAAAUGGGUCAGGGCAAGAAUGGCGUCCCACAAACCUAAAAGCGGGCUGUAUUUCAUCCUUUGCCCAUCUGAGGCAUGCAGAACUCUUUAUUGGCUUGGGAGCAGUUUUUGACACUUCACUGACUGAUUGGACCUGAAUCAAAUGUCUUAGUUAUCGUGGUCUCACCACCUCUGCCCUACUCUUACCUCCAUCUCCAACCCCCCCCCCCCAGUUCCUUCCUAGCCUCCUCACUGCCCUAAAAACCCGUUUACCUUUCAGACUUUAGUACCCUUUUCCUGAAAACUGGUGUAGAAGACGUUGCUGAGGGGAGGAGAGGGUGACCCUAAUCACUAUGGCUCCUAGCAGAGGGAGAAGAGGAAAUGGAAAGUGUACUUUUCCCCAAGGGGACUGCCCAGUCCUUUCCCUUCCCCUCCACUUUACACAUGUUCUUCCUCAACCACUCAUUCCCCACCUGGGACACAGGCACACAAACACUUGGGAAGGGGUAGCCAUUUAAAUAGCCACAGGAUGCUCCCUGCACCCAAAAACCUUUGAACUGCUCAAAGUUCUUUAGAUGUGGUGGGACAGAAGCCACGGAACGUCACUGAAUAGAAGAGGACUGUAGUAAUGCUUCCUACAGCCAUCCUCAUCACAUUUAUGGAGCCCCUCCAUAUUCUCAAUACACCGUACAUAGUCUUUUUUUUUUUAAUAGAAUUAGUGUUUUAAGUGCCGCCUACUCCACGCUCUUGAUGAAGGAUUUAAACUUUAGGUGUUUGUUACACACCAAAAAUACCUCCUUCAGAAUGGUAUGAGAUCUAUAAUCCAGAAUUGCAAUAGGAAAAAAAUCCUGAAUCGGGCCCAACGUAGCAUUAGUUAUGUUUCCAGGUCCCUGGGCCUCUGGGAGUCUGGAAAAGGUAAAGCGCAGCUCCCCCUGAGAUCCAGGUCAGUACUUCCUGCUUGGUCUGCCCCAUCUCUGGGGUACACAAUUGUUGGGUUAUCUAGGAAUCUUCAACAGGAUGUUUCCUUCCUUGGUGGAAGAAGCGUGUAAGGAACAAGGAGAGAAGAGGAGAAAAGGAUAGCUCGAGUCUUGGGAGAUGAAUUUGCUUCUGGUUGAUCGGCUUCCCCUGGCCUCCGUGGAUGACUACACCUGCGUCUCGGUGACGAGAUCCUGGUCCUAUGUCGGCUGUUUCCAGGGAAAGGGGGCAGGCAAAGUGGGGUGACGGUGGUGGAAGCUGAGGCACAGUCCCAGUGAAUGUGGCAAGGCGGAGCGUUGUGGUACCUCUGAUCCUGAGGGGAAAGAAAGGCUGGGCCAAAUUGGCGUUUGUAAUAGUGACGGGCUGUGUUUGCGUUUCUAGCCUUGCUAGGCACCGGGGUUAUUUAAGGAUGGAAACAAGAUCUGGGCGUUCUUGUCUUCUCCGAGAGACCCAGCCUGUCGAAACCACCCUGCCAUUGGCCCUAAGGAAGGCACAGCGGUAGCAGCGAGAGUGCUAUCUCUUGAAUCGACCUUUGGGGUUGAACAUUGAAACAUUGAUGUUUGAAUAAGCUUGUGGUAGAGAUUUUGGGGUGUGUGCGUGUGUGUGUGCUUGUGUGCGUGGAGCAGGCUUUACUUGGAAACUGGAGAGAAGGAGAUGAAGAGAGUUAGGGAAGUAUUCUUGAGGGUCCAUGUUGGAUAAAGACUAGAAGCAUCCCUCGUCCCCCAUCCUCGGCUCCCCGGCAGUGAGGGAGGCGCGGGGACGCGCACAAACAUCGCCUCUCUUCCCGGCCGUUGGGAAAGAAAGAGACGGGGAGACGAGAAGGACCUGGGUAGGUGGCCUCUGCUCCAGGAGGUGCUUCAACGGGAGAACAGCCGUUUGGGACUUCACUGCCCCGUCACCCUCAUGAUUUUGCCAUGAAACAUUCCAGCCCAGGGUCGCUUUUCAGUGCUUGUUUUUGUUUGUUCGUUUGUUUCCUUCGCGAUCAAUUCAGAAGGCGUAGCCUCGAAACCAGGCACAGCAGAAUCCCAUUACCAAACUUGAAAGGAAGAUGAAGGUCUUCGAUUCCUUAGCCAAAGAAACCUUAGCAGAACCAUCGCCGUGUGCAGGCAGAGCCAUGUCCCUGUCUCUCUUUUACAGGCAAUAAUAUCAUUAAAGACCAAAUUCCAUUGUUUUUUCUCUUUCUCUCCCUCCCCCGAUUUGUAAGUUGUUUUGUUGUGGGGUUUUUGUCACAUUCAGUUCAAAACCGCCCUGGCCUACUAAAGAAAUCACAAGAUUAGCCGCGCCUUACUGCUGCCAUCCCAAACGGGGUGGCCACCGCGGUGACACCGGCUGCAGCUUGUCUCCCCACGAGACCCAAGAGGAACUUUUCAUCAGCUUUCCGGGGGCUGGAAGCCAGGAUUAGGCUCAUCAAAUGCACCUGGGAACUGUUUGGCCGAUGCCUUAGACGGCGCAGGGCUCAGGCGGGGAGCUCCAGGAUUGGGAGAGCGAGGCUAAAGGCUGUCUCCGUCUUCUGGGUGUCUGAGAAGGGGCCGCCUCCUUCCAGAUGGGCAGGGCAGGGAAUGUGGGCACGCAGGGCGUCUUUGGCAGCCUCUGCUCUUACCCUUGAAACGCGCUCAGCCUGCCGCAUCCUCCCAGCAGAGCGGCCCUCUGGAUGGAUGCUUGGGGAGCAGGUGAAGAAAAACAGAAUGUGGCUUUACCCAAGAUGGCGGGUGGCUGGAGCAGAGCUGGCAGGAGGCAGGCCCGGAAGGUGGAGGCUGGGUGGGGAAGCGUUGCUGCUUUGUUUUUGAAUGGAAGGUCCCGGCCUCCCUCACCACCAGGCUCCCUCCAGUGAGCCUCUCCUCUGGGGCCAUUCCGGACCCCCCAUUCGUGUCCUGUGGCCGGGUGGCACUCACGCAGGAGGUGAAGGAUCAGAGCAGAAGCUCCAGGGGAAGCGGGGAAAGGCCUUGGAUUUGAGUGCGGCUGGAGUGGGCAGAAUCCACUGGACUUGUGGAAAAGUGGAAAUGGGGGAGGGGGAGGCACUGGAGGUGAUUUGGAGGCCGUGCUCAAUGGUUUUAGAAUUUUAACAAAGUUGAAACGUAUUUCUUGCAUACGGAUUAGCUUUAUCCUUCCACUCUUAGCAGUGCUGCUAUAACAAACUUAAGUGUGAAGAAAAAAAAUGUUUUUUUCUUUUUUAAAAGUAUCUUUUGCUUGCUUCUAGUUAAUCCAAGAAAGGCAAUACUAAAGGUAUAUUUUUUUCAAAAUGCUAUUUUUUACUGCACUGAUAAAUAUUAUGACAACUCUGAUCUCCCUAACAGAUCAACUGUUCAGCUGUGGGUGGAACCAUAUGAAGGAUUCACACCAACCUUGUAAAUACCACGUGUAGGUCUGUCAUCCAGAGGCUUCUUUUUCUUUAUUUAAAAAAAAAUUCAAAAACCUCCAAAAGCAGAAGCAAAACUGAGGUUUCCUUUGUGAGACGGGCAGGCGGCCUUCUCCGGGGAGAAUGGGGGGAGCGGCGGCCCUGAGGAAACCCGGCCGAAUUUGAGGACCCGUUGUAAGUGUCGGGAGCCCCGGAGAGGGGCCAUUCAUGCAGAGGCAGUUUGGCUUGAGCUGAAAGGCGACGCGAAGUUAGAAGUGUCUGAGGGCUAGAAUUCUGUACGAGAGAGCUAGAAAACUGCUGUGGAACAUCCUUUGAAUACUUUUCCCCCAUUUGUUUUUCCUUGUCAAAAUGCUUUCCCUGGCUCCAGGCUGGCGUGCCUCGGUUCUUGGGUAGUUUACACGAGUUCUAGAGUCUGCAAGAACUCCUGCCUCCGCUGGACACAAAGCCAGCCGAUCAGAACGCAGGAUCCUGGUUGGUUUCAGUGGGCAUUCUGAAGUUCUGACCGAACGCCGGAAGAUUUUUUUUAGAAGGUUUUAGAUACAUUUAUCUUACACAAACUGUGACCUAGUGGCAAUAAUUACCUCAAAUGUGGGCAUUCAUCCUGGUUUUAGCCUUUUUGAAAACAUGUAGCCAGCUUGAACUUGGGAUAAUAAAAAGACUACGGGCUCCAUAUGGGCUGAAAAUAAUGAUUAAUGCCCACCCUGGUCAUUGUUGCUUGAGUGAAUUCUGAAAAUAGUGGUUCUUUACAAUAAAAAUUAAACCAAGGAAUAGAUUACUCUGUGUGUGUUGUACUCAGAUGUGAUGUUAAAAUGCACAUGUACGUAUAUAUGUUUAUAGCUACUGUAAAAUACUUUAGCCUUCUAGAAGAUAUUUAAAGAGUCACAUUUUAAAUGAGCAUCAAUGAAAUCAUCGACUGUGGAUACUUAAACAGAUCCCUGGCUACAUUUUAUAGUUAAGGUGUUCUCUAGUUUACAUUUAAACUGGUACUUUGAAAGGGAACUUUUUGUUUGUAGCUGACCCCUUCAAACCUCCCCGCCCCCUCCCCAAAGGUUUGUUUGCCUCUCUCCUUGGAGCCCGCGUCCACAGGAGGCACGUGUUCAUUGGCCAAAACGAAGUUUCCCCCCUUCUCCGUCAUUGGAUUCCAUAGGAUCUAGAGCAUGUGUUCCAGAGAAAGUCCUAGGGAAAAUGAAGGAGAAGAUGGUCCAAGAGCCUGGGUCCAGGUGUAGACAUUGCUAGAUCCUCUUCUCUGACAAGGAGAACUGGCCUGGCCCAGUGAGUUAUGUCAUGGGGGGAAAGCUUUGCCAUCACAGCUGCGGCCAUCCACAAGCAGCCCAAAAUGAGACUGUGGGCAUUUGUUUUGCAGACCCCCUGCUGUGAGGUUGCAGAGCUGGGGGCUUGAGACAAACAUUGAAGGAAGGCGUGGUAAAAGGGGAACAUCUCUUCCCCUGACAGAGACUGGCAUCCGUGCCCACGUUCACUGGCUAAUUCCUUCCCAAAGGCAUGUUGCCGGCCCUCUAGACCCAGCCUCCAUUUUGCCCUUUGAAGACAGGCAAGAAGUGUCAAAGUAGCUCUUUUUGUUUUGGUUGUCUAAUUUAAUAUUUAAAAGCUGAAAACCCUGUUUAGUCAAGAAGCCCCCAGUGAAGUUUGGGGGUUCACGUAGAGACCAGAGUGAGCAAAUAGGAACAGAUAACAUAACUUGGAGGGUUGAAGAAGCAUUUAGGCAAUAAAAUCUGUGACUAUUAGUAAUCAGAGAAUAUUUGUAAUGAAACUAAAGACCCUUCAAAGGGAGGGAUGGAAGGUACAGUUCAUAACUCAUCUGGGAGUCAGAUUACUGGAAGUCUGGAUUCCUUCUCUAAUUAGUCCCUGCUAGAAGUAAGUUUUGGUGAUUUUUCUUUGUCUUAUUUCCUUGUUCCACUCUGGAAAGAAAGUGCUGUGUUCUAAAUCUCAUCCCUCAGCAGGUGAUAGCUAUUUUUAAAAAAAAAAGUUUUUAUCCAGACCUAGGGACUAAGAAGAAGACAAAUGCAUUUGCUGUUUCCUGGUAAGCUACAUUUGAUUGUAUAUUUUUAGUACUAUUUGCUUGCUAUGAAUUUUGAUGUAAAAAAAUGUUACUUCCCCUCCCCAUUGUACUCCUGGUUUGGUUUGGUUUUGAUUGUUUUCCUUUCAGUAAAAUGAAUUUUGUGUCAGUGGCUUUGGGGCUCAGCCAUAUUCUUGAGAGUACAAGUACAGAAAAUGGUAUAUACCUCUUUUUCUCCCUUUAAAAAAAAAAAGGGCCCUGUCAAGGAAGGGCUUGGCCAUAACUCUGGGAGCUUCUAGCCAAACUCUUUGCUUGCUGUUCACUAGUGGCACGGCUACCCCCAUUGACUCCAGCUGCUGACUAAAUUCUUGGGACGUUAUCAAUACCUGGCAGCUUGCCAUCUUUAGGUAAGCUGGAAGUAGGACCCUUCCAAUUUCAGCCCCUUCUUCUCACUCUGUGCCAGUUUGGCCCAAUGAGUAGCCCCGGGUCCAGAAAAAGGAAGGGCUCAAAAGGAGCCUUGCUUUGCAUCCAGUCUUAAGCCUGGAAAAGCUAACCCACUUAUCCCUGGCCUGAGUGGUCUUGCCUAGCUGUUAGCCAUACAAUGAAUUUUUUAAAUUACUGUUUUAAAUGACUUGGCUCAGGUUCAAAGAAGGAUUUGCAAAAUGAAGAGGAAUUUGAUUCAAAUAGCUACCAUAUUCAUCGUCCAGAGCUUUCCUCAGCCUCCAAAUGGUUACAGAAAAUACCCCAGCCCUUCAAAAGCAGAUGACUUUCUUCUCAAUGCUUCUAAUUUUGGUGAUUGCAUACAAGAAGUUCUUUCUUUACCCCCACCCCAACCUUUAUGUUGUUACUCAUUAAAAAAAAAAUUCUUCAUGGAUUAUCCAGGGCACAAUCACAUUAGGCCCCAAGGCAUCCCCUUAUCCUCUGCAUGUUUUGUUUUGUUUUGUUUUGUUUUUAACCAAAUAAAGUAGAAAAGGAAGUUACACUUUGGGGCAGCAGAAUUUCUAGUUUGGUAGAAUCACUGUAUAGCCUUUAUAUCUCCAUAUAUGUCUGUAUGUUUGCAUAUAGAUAUAGAUGUUGAUAUAUAUGUGUGUGUGUGUAUAUAUAUAAAAAUAUAUAUAUAUAUCAAACCAAAUUCUGGUAGGAGAAAAGUAUAGCUUUAUGAAUAAGGAGAAAGAGGCAUUUUAAAAAUUAGAAUUAGACUCGGAAUAUUUAAAGAAAAAACCAUGAAAUAUGUUACAGGCUGCAUUGCUACAACAUACAGGUAGACCAGACACGACCAACAGAUUUUGUUCCAGUUGACUGUGGCUUAUUCAAGCGGUCCUAAAGGGCAGAAAUGGUUUUUCCAGACCCCCAGUACUCACGGGGAUAGGCCGAUGGGCAGCAGCAGAUCAGAAGAACCGAAUCUUUCCAUGCGGAUGCUCUUUUGAUCUGGCGGUUGGCCUCUUCCAUGGUGUCACAUUUCCAAAAUCGGAAUCUAGGAGGAGGGAAAGCGGAAGGACCCAGAGAAGUGCUUACCUAUCAACUGCUCACGAACCCAAGCGACUCUGGAAAGAUUCACUCCCCAGAAUGGAAACAGGGAAGAGGAGAAACAGAUUUCUCUCAACUCAAGAAAAAUGGUUCCCUCCCCAGUGCUGUCUCACAUAGAUCUUUCUCUACAGCGUCAUCUCAGCUCAGUAACCCUAUGAAAGCCCUGGUCUGUUGUGUUCCUUCACUGUAUGGUUUCUGUAAUAAAAGUGUUAAUCCAUGUUAAUCUUUGUGGAAAAUUAUUGCGUGCAACAGUAUUUUCUUGUGUACCUCCUUUUCCUAUGUGAAUUGUCCCUCUUUUUUCUUUAUUUAUAAAUGUCAGCUUUUUUUUUAAAAAGACAAACCAAUGUGUUGUAGACUUAUAUGUAACCUAUUCCUUAGUCUCAUAUUAUAGGUAUGUUAUAAGAAUGGAUAUUUUACUUGGCUUUAGAAUGUUUUACAAGAAAAUUAAUUCUUAACUGAUCAAGUUCUUGCUACUAAAAAAAAAAUGCUUGUGUUUUUCAUCAUGACGUCGUGUGCUUCUAAAUUAAUAAUCAUUUUCGUUGUAGAAAAAUGGAGUGAAUUUAUAUUAGUCUUGGAAACUAAUAAUAGCAUUGUAAAUUUAUGAGAUGAUUUUAACAGAAAAAAAUUAUAGAAGAAUAUAGUUAUUUUAAUUGUAAUAUUACUAACUGUAGGGUGAGAAAGGGGGUCCCGUUGUGGUGAACUAUGUUAUAGCUUGUUACUCACAGUUUCUUUUUGAUCAUUUUUUCGGUCUCUGAGGUGAAACGAGUUAUUAAUUGAAAUUUGUAAACUCACAUAUGCAUAUUGUAUAUGUGUAGAAAUGUAAUCACACUUUGUCUUGGAAUUACAUUAAACUGUUUGAAAUCACUACA